UUUUCCAGAUUUCAAAAUGAAGUUUCAGACAGAUAUACGACUGAGUCGAUCCAGACAAAUAAACACUCUUCGUGUGUUCCAUGAUAAUGUUACAGAGGUUGUUCCUAACAAAGAAUACAGCGUGAGCUUCAACUCCUCCGGGCACUCCCUCAUCCUCGUCAUCAAGCUACCAGACAACUUCCCAAACCAGAAGCCUCUUGUUGAAAUCUCCCCUGCUGUAUUGCAUCCUUGGGUUGAUUCAUCUGGUAGAAUUGAUUCUCCUGGACUUAGAAACUUCUCUCAGCAUUCUGACCUUGGUAUGGUUAUUGGAGCAAUUAAACAGGAGCUCAAGAAAUCUAGUCUUCAGCUCCAAAAUCCUGGAGCUCGGUCUCAAGGAGUAGCAGCACUCUCUCCGUCCUACUGCGUCCUACCCCCAUCUGCAGGUUCAGCAGUAAAUACAUCUCCAGAUCCGCUCAGUGCAAAGUUGGCUGACCUUCCAGUGGAGGAACUCAAGGGAAUACUGAACGAUGAAGAUCAUUUUGAAAAAUUCAUUAUGGAAGCUGAGACGGAUUAUGAACCAUUAAGUUCCCUCCUGGAGUCUAUAAACAGUAUGAGGGAAGAACUAGAAAAGAAAGCUCUAGAGAAUCAAGAUCUACAAACUCAGAUAGAAUCUUCAAGAAACGAAAUUAUUUGCAAAUAUCAGGAAUUUCACCAGAAGAAGUCUGAGCUUCAGAGUACUAUUGACAGAUUGAGAGAACUCGAAGCUAGGGUAGAACCUAAUCUACUAGCAGACAGGUUGGUUCGACUCUCUGUAGCAAGUGAAGAAGAGAGUGAUGAUAUUGCAGAGAGUUUUCUUCAGCAGAAUAUUGAUGUAGACCAGUUUAUAACCAAGUAUAUCAAGGUUAGAGGAGAUGGAUACAUGAAGAAGGUUAAGGCGGACAAGGUCAAGCAGAUCAAAUAGAUGAAGAUGUUGUUAAAUUUUCAUCCAACUUCAGAUAGAAUAAUAUAUAUAUUCACUAUUAAGUACAUACAGAAUUGUUAUAUAUAUUCCCUUCUUUGUUUUAGAGAUAAAGAGAUAAGUAAUGAGAUAACGAGGAAUGUUCUUCAGAAAAAUUAAAACUAGCUGCAAAUGAAAGAUUUGUGCAAAAAACGUUAAAAAAAUCUUUCCAAUUAAGAAAUAAUCCUGGUUUAAAGUUUUAAAAAAAAACACUCGCCUCAAUCUCUAGUUUCUAAUUAUUAUAUCUUUGCAACCUGAACAUUUUAUAUUUAAAAUAGGAACAACUCUUGGAUCAAAUAUUCAAAGUUUACCACACAUCAGGUUGCAAAUUUUUACGGAUUAGAGUAUAAGAUUUUGGUCACAUAAUUAAAUUAGUAAACAAACUUGUAUAUCUUAUCUCUAAUCCUAGUCGAGAUAAAUAUAAUUGUAUUCAAUCAAAUAUCUGUUAGCAGUAAAAUAAAAUUUGCAUUUAUGGUUUCAGA